AUGACCUCAGCAAAGCUAGUCGCUGCCAUAGAAAAUGCCUGGACGAAAACCAAGCAAACCAGGCCGUAUCCUCUGCUUUUGACAACUGCAGUCGCACUAAAAUGGGCCUUGCUCUCCCCAGUGGCCCCCCAUAUUGCGCUGAUUGGCUUCAAAUACCGCCAGCCACUCCUGCUGGCAAGUGUGGUCAACUAUGUGCAGCUCCCAGAUACAGACCGUGAUAGAAAGGUCGGCUACGGUCUGAUCGGAGCAACAGCUAUCGUGUACAUUGGAAUAGCAGUGAGCACUGGACUUUACAAUCUCAAAGUAUGCCGAUCCACCGUCAUGAUACGCGGCUCGCUUGUGAGCAUCAUCUACCGCAAAACGUUGAGACUACAUCUCAACGAAGCCAAAUCUUCCGCCGCAUUAACUCUGGCUAGUUCAGACGUGGAUCGUAUUGGCCUAACCGUUGAAAGUGGCCAUGAGAUCUGGGCCAGUAGCAUUGAAACCAUAUUAGCCCGCGUGCUGCUGCAACGGCAAUUAGGCUGGGCCAGUAUUGCCCCUGUAUUACUCGCUUUGCUGGCUACCACCGCAAAUACGCGAAUUGCAAAGUAUGUCCCACGGCGCCAACGGGAAUGGGGCGCUGCGAUCCAGAAGCGGGUAACCCUCACAUCAUCAGUCCUCAGAAACAUGAAAAGCGUCAAGAUGAUGGGCCUGCAGGAGACGAUUGCUCGGACGAUCCAAAGGGCCAGGGUCUACGAGCUGGAUCUGUCGAAGCGCUACCGGAGUUUCUUUGCGUACAUGGCCAUUAUCUCAACCAUACCUUUGCAAUUUUCUGCACCUUCGCCUUUGCCAUCUAUAUAUGGUGUCAACUCACACCAUGGACAUGACUCCAUCGCAGCACAAAUCUUCGCCUCACUUUCACUGACUCAGCUGCUCGCUACUCCAUUGCAAAAGGUCUUAUCGUCCAUUCCGUCAUUUGCAGGGUCCCUCGGUUCCUUCACACGUAUAGAGUCUUAUCUUAGGCUUGACGAUCGUGUCAAUGGCGGGGCUACCGACCUUGCAAAUAGCCGAGAGAGCGCGAAGGAGUCAACUAUAGAUGAAAACCAACUUGAAUUGGGGAACCUGGGGACGACAGGGAGAAGCAAAGCUAUCGGUAAACAUGCAAUUUCAGUGCAGCAGGCCGACAUCUCCUACUCCGCGGACUCGCAUCCAAUCCACCACAAACACAACUUUGAAAUUCGGAAAGGCCUCUUAAACGUAGUCGUUGGUCCUGUGGGUUGUGGAAAAACCACACUACUCGACGCUCUCCUCGGCGAGAUUACGAUUUCCGGUGGCAAAAUGAUGGUAGAUGAUUCUCCAAUUGCCUAUUGCCAGCAAACUCCCUGGCUCAUUAACGCCUCUGUCAAAGAGAACAUUCUGAAUCAAUCUCCGUACGACGAGCCUUGGUAUAAGAGGGUGGUAUGGUCCUGCGGACUGAACGAAGACAUUGAACAACUGCCUGAUGGAGAUGAUACUCUUGUUGGAAGCCGGGGAACCAUUCUCAGCGGUGGACAGAAGCAGCGACUGGCCCUCGCCCGGGCAGUCUACGCUCGAGCACCAUUAGUCGUCCUGGACGAUACCUUGAGUGCUCUCGAUGCGCGAACUGAGAGAGUGAUUUUUGAUCGUCUGCUGUCCAAAACGGGACUCUUCCAGCAGCUGGGAUCGACGGUCAUCCUGGUCACUCAUUCAGUGCAACAUCUUCGAUCUGCGGACAAUAUCAUUGCGUUGGAUUCCAAAGGACGUGUCGAACAACAUGGCUCAUUCACAGAGCUUAGCGGUCAAGAGGGACCCGUUCGACGCCUGCUAGCUGAUUGUCCUCCAGACAAGAGCAGUGCAGAAACUAACAGCUUGGAACCGGCUUCUGGUUCAGGGUCUUUAAGCCAAGCUGGAGCCGGAGCAAAUGCAUUGCCGCGUGCUGCUACUAUCACGUGCGUAAAAAGGAAGCCUAUAUCCGAUGCAGCUGUCUUGAUGUAUUACCUGAAGUCCAUUGGAUGGUACCGCGCGUCGAUAUUUUUCCUUACAAGCCUGGUAUAUGUGGUUUGCACCAGCUUCACCCAAAUCUGGGUCCAGUGGUGGACGGAAUCUAAGAAUCGCGGUGAUGGGUCCUUCGUAGGGGUCUAUUUUGCUCUGGCAGUUGGAGCCAUCGUGAACUAUAGUUCGUCCAUCUGGUGCAUGAUGAUCACUAUCGUGCCCAUUUCGGCAGCGAAACUGCACUGGCAGCUCCUUGAUUCCGUUAUUCAUGCGCCCGUGUCAUUCUUCUCAUCUGUAGAUUCGGGGAUCACCCUCCACCGAUUCAGUCAGGACAUGUCACUGAUCAAUAGUCGCCUACCUGUAUCUACAAUGCAGGCAACACCGAUGGCCUUCCAAGCGCUAGCACAGAUCGCCCUUAUAACCGUUGGGUCUACCUACUUGGCCAUUGCUAUUCCCUUGUGCCUCGGUGCAACCUGGACUCUACAACGAUUUUACCUUCGAACGUCGAGGCAACUCCGCUUACUGGACCUUGAAUUGAAAUCUCCCUUGUCCUCAAGCAUCUCCGAGACUCUCGAAGGUCUCCCAACAAUCCGCGCCUUCGGCUGGCAGGAGAAAUUCGAACGACGGAAUCAGGAACGGCUAGACGCCUCGCAGCUCGGGGCACUGGCUAUUCUGCUGGUCAGCCUGGCGACUCAGUUGCCGGGCAGCACAAGCGGGGGCCGUCUGGGUGUUGCGAUGCUCAACAUCCUCGGUUUCAGUCAGAGUUUGUCUCAGUUCAUCUUCUUCUACACGGACUUGGAGACUUCGUUGCAAGCGGUUUCCCGAGUUAAGGAGUUUGUGGAAACGACCGUGUCGGAAGAAGCGAGCCCCAGGUCUCUGACUCCACCGCCAGAAAACUGGCCUGCUCGCGGCGCGGUGGAGUUUCGUGAUAUCACGGCUUCAUAUGCUAGUGACACGGAAAACGCUGUUCUCAAGCGUCUUUCACUGAUCAUCCAGCCUGGGCAAAAGGUCGGAAUAUGUGGCCGGACAGGCAGCGGCAAGUCCUCCUUGCUUUCUGCUCUGUUCCGCAUGAUUGAGCUUCGGAGUGGUAGCAUUACUAUUGACGGUAUUGACCUUAACAACAUAUCCCGGCUGGAGGUACGUUCACGGUUAAUUGCGAUCCCACAGGAUCCAUUCUUGCUACCUGGGACAGUCCGUUUCAAUACGUCGCCGGACGAAACAGUUGCAGACAACCAGAUCAUCAAAGCUCUCAAGAAAGUGGGGUUGUGGGAGCACGUUCAGAAGCGCGGUGGCCUUGACACCGAUAUCGAUAUUCUGGCUCUGUCACAUGGCCAGCAGCAGCUCUUUUGUCUUGCGAGGGCAAUGCUGAGGCCUGGCACUAUUCUCGUACUAGACGAGGCAACUAGUAAUGUUGACUGGGGAACUGAUGAGGUCAUGCAACGGGUUAUUCGAGAGGAGUUUGCGAAUAAGACGAUCAUCACUGUUGCGCAUCGCUUGAGAACUAUUCUGGACAGUGAUUUGGUGGUAGUGCUCGGUGAGGGACGUAUUCUUGAGGCAGGCCACCCCGGGGAACUGCUUGCGAGUCCGGGUCAUUUUCGCGAAUUGUGUAGUGCUCAAGGCAUCACCUUUGAGAGCAUCUGA